AUGGCCUCUCUCGCAGCCCGUCGAUGCUCUCAUGCGCUCUCGCAUACUCGUCUGAAUAUUUCUGCGUUGGCUCCGGCACGGACCGGCAUGAUGUCAGCAUCUUCAUGGGCGACCUCGGGCGCUUCUACCUCCACCCAGCCGGCGUCCCCCGCAUCGUCCCCCAGCUACCAGAAGCCGCCCAUACCAGUUGUCGUGCCCACGGAUAAGACACCCCUGAGCGCUGACGCCGCGUCGCCGCAAACUGCCGCACGACCACCGCCCGCUCCACGACCCCAGCGCCCCAAGCCGACGCUUCGGUCAAAGAAGGCGGCGCUUACUAUCACGCCUACCGCCAUGGAGAGGCUGAAGACGCUCAGCAAGAGCCCCACACCCCAACUUCUUCGCAUUGGUGUCCGUAAUAAGGGCUGCGCAGGCCUCUCGUACCACCUUGAAUACGUUGAUAAGCCGGCCAAGUUCGACGAGGUGGUCGAACAGGACGGCGUACAAGUUGUCAUCGACUCGAAGGCGCUAUUCAGCAUCAUCGGCUCGGAGAUGGACUGGAAGGAAGACCCACUAAGCUCAAAGUUCGUCUUCGCGAACCCGAAUAUCACCGAUGCCUGCGGGUGCGGCGAGUCGUUCACCGUAGGCUCAUGA